AUGGCCGAUAAUCAGAACGGAAAUGAAGGGGAUCUGCACCCACUAGCCUUGUUGAUGGAUGAGUUGAAGCACGAUGAUAUUGCUAAUAGGGUUGAGGCCAUGAAAAAGUUGGAUACCAUAGCCAUUGCUCUAGGUCCAGAAAGAACUAGGGAGGAAUUGAUUCCUUUUCUUACUGAAGUGGCCCAAGAUGACGAGGAUGAGGUCUUCGCCGUCUUGGCUGAGGAAUUAGGGAAAUUCGUUCCUUUAGUAGGCGGUAGUCAAUAUAUUAAUGUCUUAUUUCCUACAUUGGAAAUACUUGCAGCUACAGAGGAGACAUUGGUAAGAGAAAAAGCCCUAGCAUCUUUGAAUAAAGUUGUCAAAGACAUGACAAUUGAGCAAUUACUACAUGACUAUGUUCCUUUACUGGACAGGUUGGCCAACGCUGACUGGUUCUCAUCAAAAGUUUCUGCAUGUGGUCUUUUCAAAGUUGUGAUAAGUAGGGUCAAGGAUGAUACAUUGAGAAAAAAUUUACUGGCUUUAUACUCACAAUUGAUACAAGAUGACACACCUAUGGUCAGGAGAGCUGCAGCAAGAAACUUACCAUCCAUUAUUGACCAACUACGAGAAAAUCCCGGUCUUUCAUGUGAAGACGAUUGGGAAUACGUAUCCGAGAUGUUCAAGAAAGUUAUUACUGAUAAUCAAGACUCAGUUAAGUUUCUUGCUGUCGAAUCAUUAAUUGCCAUUCUUAAAUUUUUCAACGCAAAAGGGGACUCUAGUCAUACUGAGGCGUUGUUGGCAUAUGCCUUGAAGCUUGCAAAGGAUGAGGCAUGGAGAGUAAGAUACAUGGUAGCUGAGAAAUUCGAGGAUUUGGCAGAUGAGAUUUCUCAACUAGACAAAGUUGUUGAUCAUCUUCUUGAACCUUUCCUAAGUUUGUGCGAGGACAAUGAAGGUGAUGUUAGGAAAGCUAUUGCUGGCCAUGUUAGUGGAUUUUCCAAGCACAUUAAAGAUGCCUCAAUAAUUGAAGCAAAAAUUAUUCCAGCUAUAUACACUCUGAGUAUCGAUGAAAAUGAGACUGUGAGAGCUUCCUUGGCGCAAAGUAUAACUGGUAUGUCCUCAUUACUUCCAAAGGAGAGUGUUACUGAAAACUUGCUUCCAAUUGUUCUCAACAUGUUAAAAGAUGAGUUCCCUGACGUAAGGUUGAAUAUAAUUGCUAGUUUGAAAAAUAUAAAUAAGGUUGUGGAUACUAAAAUACUUUCUGAAUCACUGAUACCUGCAAUAAAUGAGCUAGCCAAAGAUAUCAAUUGGAGAGUAAGAAUGGCUAUAAUUGACUACUUACCAGUAAUUGGUGAACAACUUGGCAAAUCUUUCUUUGAUGAGCAGUUAAUAGACCUGUGCAUGACUUUGUUAUGGGAUCCUGUUUAUGCCAUCAGAAACGCCACUGUUAAAAUUUUAACUAAAUUAACUGAGUUUUUCGGAUCCGACUGGUGCAGAGAUGAAAUUCUAACUAAGUUGUUAACAGUUGACGCAGAGACAUUAGAAAAUUUUAUUUACAGGUUUACUGUUUUAUCGGCGUUGAGGGAGCUAACUUCAGCUGUAAGUAGUGAUAUUACCUUGGAGCAUAUUCUUCCAUAUAUUGUUAAGCUUUCUGAUGAUAAGGUGCCUAAUAUAAGAUUCAAUGUGGCUAAAGCCUACACGGUUAUCUGUGAAAAUUUGAAAAAUAAUAAAACAAAGAAUUUGAAAGAAAUUUUCGAAGAAAAAAUGUUACCUUCUUUCAAGAAAUUACAAGGCGAUAGCGAUGUAGAUGUAAAAUACUUUGCCAAUGAAAAUUUGGAAAAGUGUCAGUUGCUGAUCAAUUAG